AUGCGGCCCCCUCGGGGCCAGCCGCCCCCCGGGCCCGGCCAGCCCCUGCGGGCCGGCGGCGAGGCGGGGCAGCCCCAGCGCCCACCGCCGCCUCACCCGUCCCGCGAGUCCCCGCCGCCCAGCGGCAAGGCACGGACUGGGACCGGGACCGGGACCGGCGCCGCUCCGCCGGCCGCAGAGGGCCGCGCCGCGCGCGCGCGGGGCACCGCUACGGGUCGCCGGAAGGGCCCUGCCGGGCGCGCGGCGGGCACGGGCGUCCGCCGCCGCUCCGCCCCCGCCGCCGACUCCGGAAGGGAAACCGGAAGCGCCGCGCCCUUUCCCGUUUCCCCCUCCAACCCCCCCGGCAACCGGCGGCAGCGCACGGACGUUCCGGCCCGCGGACGGCUGACGACCCCGGGGUGGGAGGGACGAGGCAGCCUCCCCUCCCCAGGCACCCCGGUGCUGCCUGCCCGCCCGCCCCCGGGGCCUCAUGGCCAGCUGUCCGGCCGGAGGCUGCACGGCCUCCCCUGGCCUGCCCUCCUCGGGUGGCCUGGCACUGGGCUGGGCCCUCCCGGCUCAGAAGGGACCGGCAGCUUUCACCGCCUCGGCCAUGACUCCACCCCGAAAAGCCUGUCGUGCCCAGUCUCAGCACACACAGGAGCUUUGUCCUUGGUUUCAGGGACGCCACUACCAGCCUCGCUGCACGCGUAUCAGCUUAACCGAGAGCUAAAUGCAACCCACCUGCUUGGCUGCCUCUCCUUUCCUCUGUACAGAUCAUCUCCCAGAGACCUUCGGGAGGUGCCCCACGCUGUGACCGGUUACCUGAGACCAAUAAAGGCCACGUUUCGUGCAGGCCGGGCCGUGCAUUAUGUAUGGGAGCAGCAGCCCGGCUGCACGGCCAGCAUUGCCAAAAGGAGCCCUGGAGAGGCGAGAGGGAAGCGAGUCAGGCCGCGGUCAGCUCUGUGGUGUUCAGUCAAGGAGGAUCAGCUUUUAACAGCCAUGUACGCAUGUAAGGUACAGCGUGACAAGCAGGGUUCAUGCUGCCACUCGUGUUCCCCCGUGGGUUAGCAUGAACGGUGCAGAGAGGGUCCCUUGAGGAAGCGCUGAUGCUACCACCGGACGUCCCUCCUGGCAGCACUGCUGAGCAGAGAGACUGAGGUCUCCGUUCUGCAGCUUCUUGGAGCCUCAUCAGCUUUGGUGGGUCCAGCUCGCUGCAGUCCGGACCACGAUUCCUCAGCAGAAGGCUAUGGCACAGCUUCAAGUUAUUAUCCCUAGUUACCAUCUCAGCAACAUCGCCACGCGCGGCCAGGGAAACAGAGACGCGAACGUGUCGGUGUAGUUACUGCAGAGCUCCCAGCUCUAUGUAAGCCCCUGAGCUCCACCGUGCUCAGCGUCAACAGCCCUCGAGCUGCCCAGGAGCAGGGUCAGAAGCCAAAGGGUUUCAGUGCAUCAAACCACUUAGUCCAUCAAAUCCCUGUUUCCCCUGAGACCAGCAGCACAUCUUAAGCUGUAUCUCCGCUCAAGGAGCUCUGCACCUCCUGUUUUAGACCCUAAACUACAAGUCCCAGGGGGUGCAAAUUAAGUCCCAGAGGGUGCAAAUCCUUCCCUGCCUCACACUUUUACUGCCCGUGAGUUGUCCCGACCCGACGGCAUUUAUCCAGGCAAAACGGGGGAGAGGGAACAGAGCAUGGCAUCCAUGUCUCCUGACUUAUUGGAGUAACGAUGUCCGUGUGCUUUAUGCCGUGCCAGUGCAGAACACAAGUUAUUUCGUUCCAGGGGAAUGGAGACGAGACCUGCCGCACGUAGUGAUUUGCUUGUGGUGAUAAGCCAAACCUGUGGCAGAGCCAAUGCUGUGCUCCACCACCUUAUUUCCAUUAAACCUCGGGCUUAAAACACUACAGUGAUUGCAUGGGACGGGCUGUAUUUUCCACCUCAUACUCUGCCAGCCUUUUCCCACCCCCGAAUCUCAUUUUUCUUGGCCGGGUGAGGACUCGUAUGGAGAAUACUUGGCUGUGCGUCAGGGCCGAGAGCUUUUCAUCGAAAGAGCAAUUAAGGAGUUAAUACCGUCCUUCUCCUUUUCCUCGAUUUUAAAACCACCAAAGAUUAUCCACUCCUGCUUUGGAGAGGGAGGGGAAAUACAAUAAACUGCCUGCAUUUUGCACGGGGAGGGGAAGGCCGGCCUGGGCUGCGCUGAGCUGCCCCCGCCCCGCCGUCCCCCCCCCCGCCCGGCCG